CUAACAUUUCCAACGAGUUGUUAUCUUUCAGGGCAAAUCUCAUUUCCUUUUUGUGACUUCCCAAAAAAGAAAAAACCCUUGGAGAGAGAAAAUGUGCAAUUAGGUCGUCACUAAUUGCCUCAAAGCCGUUCCCUAGCUUAUUAAUUUCGUAAUUCAGACUUCAGUCAAUGGCUUCACAAGAUCACCAUACCCACGACCACCACCAUCAUGACCAUGAUCACCACCACCAUCAGCAUAACCAUACCCAUGAUGAGAAAGCAUCAUCAAGGGUAGGCCCAGAUGGGAGGGUAUACCAUAGCCAUGAUGGACUAGCACCACAUUCACAUGAGCCCAUAUACUCUCCUGGCUACUUUAGCAGGAGAGCACAACCAAUCCUUACAAGGGAUUUCAAUGAAAGAGCUUUCCCUGUUGGUAUUGGUGGCCCUGUUGGUACUGGGAAAACAGCUUUGAUGCUAUCUUUGUGUAAAUUAUUGCGGGACAAGUACAGUCUUGCUGCUGUAACAAAUGACAUAUUCACAAAAGAGGAUGGUGAGUUCUUGAUUAAGCAUGGAGCACUUCCUGAGGAGGGGAUCCAUGCUGUUAAAACUGGAGGCUGCCCACACGCUGCAAUUUGUGAAGAUAUCAGCAUUAAGCUUGGCCCUCUCGAGGAGCUUUCUAACUUGUUCAAAGCAGACCUUCUUCUUUGUGAAUCUGGUGGAGAUAAUUUGGCUGCCAACUUCAGCAGGGAACUGGCUGACUAUAUCAUCUAUAUAAUAGAUGUAUCUGGCAGUGAUAAAAUUCCUCGGAAAGGUGGCCCAGGCAUCACCCAAGCUGAUCUCCUUGUUAUCAACAAGACUGACCUUGCACCAGCAGUUGGAGCUGAUUUAGUUGUCAUGGAGCGUGAUGCACUUAGAAUGCGGGAUGGAGGGCCAUUUGUUUUUGCUCAGGUGAAGCAUGGACUUGGCAUAGAGGAAAUUGUGAACCACAUUUUACAAGGUUGAGAAGUAGCUACUGGG